CUCUAUGAGUUCAAGGCCAGCCUGGUCUAUAGAAUAAGAAUACAGCAUGCUUUUAAAUGUUACAGACUGGAGAAAAGUGAGGGGGGGGGAGUCUAAACAUGAAGCCAUUUCUGACCACGUGUAGGUUACUUAGAAGUUUAAACAGAUUUUCUGUAAAACCAAGCCCUCUUGUGAGUCUCUCCACUUCCUCUUAUUUGUGUGACCAGAAGAAAAAGAGCUCUUAUGAAGCGGUAGACCAGGCCAAGUAUUCUCGUUUAGUAUGGUCCGUCUUGUCCAGAGCCCCGGUCCAGACCCUGGAGUCAUUGUUUGAGGAAGAUGAUGUACUCUAUGGUCCAGUUGGUAAGCGUAAGGCUCCAGGGCAAGAGCAGAGGGCAGGAGUUCCACAGAACUGGUUUCCUAUAUUCAAUGAAGAGAGAAAUAUGAAACCACACACAAGUGUUUCUUCAGGUCCUUUGAAGAUCCCUUUGCAAAGAAAUGUGAUACCCAGUGUGACACGCAUCCUUCAGCAGACCAUGACACCAGAACAGAGUUUCUUUUUGGAAAGGUGGAAACAACGGAUGGUUCUGGAGCUGGGAGAAGAUGGAUUUGCAGAAUAUACUUCAAAUAUCUUUUUACAAGGCAAACAGUUCCAUGAAGCCUUGGAAAGCAUACUUUCACCCCAGGAGAACUUAAAAGGGAGAGAAGAGCACCUCCAGUGUGGCUAUAUCAAAAGUGUCCAGCAUAUUUUGAAAGAAAUCAGUGGUGUGCAAGCUCUGGAGAGUGCUGUCAAGCACGAGGUCUUGAAAUAUGUAGGGCUGAUGGACUGUGUGGCUGAGUACCAGGGCAAGCUGUGUUUGAUCAAUUGGAAGACACCAGAAAAAACAAAACUUUUUAUUCGGAAUACGUACGACAACCCACUACAAGUUGUGGCGUAUAUGGGUGCUGUAAACCAUGAUGCUCACUACAGUUUUCAGGUUCAGUGUGGCUUAAUUGUGGUGGUCUAUAAAGAUGGGUCCCCUGCCCACCCUCACUUCAUGGAUGAAGAGCUCUGUUCCAAGUAUUGGGCCAAGUGGCUUCUUCGACUAGAAGAAUAUGCAGAAAAACAAAAGAAUCAGAGUAUUCCAAAGCCAGUCUAGAGGCCAGGAUAUUACUUGGGAACAUUCAGUGAAUCUGAGAGUUAUGUUAGCACAAACUGAAGAUGUAAUUUGUUGGGAUGUAUUGCUACUGAGAAGCCAGAAAGUCCAGAAGUCAG